GAAAGUGCUGUUUUUAUUACGCAAACUGUAUUUUCUUAGUUGUGCCGUGUGCAUCCCCAAAUAUAGACUACCUGUGUGCAGAAUCUUUCCAGUCUAGUCCGCGGCAUUUCCGACGAAUAGGAACUACUUCACAAGAGUACCUCCGAAGACACACGCACACACACACACACCAAAAUGCCUUUUGUUCCCGUGGAAACCCCCAAGUGCCCCGCGUGCGGAAAGUCGGUCUACGCUGCCGAGGAGCGCGUUGCCGGAGGCUACAAAUUCCACAAGACCUGCUUCAAGUGCAGCAUGUGCAACAAGGCCCUGGACUCGACAAACUGCACGGAGCACGAGAAGGAGCUUUUCUGCAAAAACUGCCACGGACGCAAAUACGGUCCUAAGGGAUACGGUUUCGGUGGUGGUGCCGGCUGCCUGUCCAUGGACACUGGCGCCCACUUAAACAGAGAAUUUGUUCAGCCAAAAAUUCCACCCAAGGCACCUGAUGGGAAAGGCUGUCCGCGGUGUGGUAUCUAUGUUUAUGCCGCCGAACAGAUGCUGGCCAGAGGAAAGGGGUAUCAUCGGAGGUGCUUCAAGUGCAUACAAUGUAACAAGACUCUCGACUCAACUCUUCACUGUGAUGGUCCCGAUAAGGACAUAUAUUGUAGAGGUUGUUAUGCGCAAAAGUUUGGCGCCAGGGGCUAUGGGCACAUUGGUAUUUCGUCCUUGGGGCUGAUGUCCGACAUCAAGGACUCCGAAUGGCAAAGUGAAAUGGCGCCAAAAACAGCCGCCAUAAAUGUGGAGCAAAUCCAGGCCCCUCUGGGCGAGGGAUGUCCGCGUUGUGGUGGCGUGGUUUUCGCCGCGGAACAGGUCCUCUCCAAGGGCAGGCCCUGGCACCGAAAGUGCUUCAAGUGCCGGGACUGUACCAAGACUCUCGACUCCAUCAUCGCGUGCGACGGCCCGGACAAUGAGGUCCACUGCAAAACGUGCUACGGCAAGAAGUGGGGACCUCACGGUUACGGCUUCGCCUGCGGAUCCAGUUUCCUGCAAACCGAUGGCGUAUCGUUGGAGGACAUAGCGUCCCAGCGGCCGUUUGUCUGCCCGGAUACCACGUCGAUCAAGGCUCCGGAUGGAGAGGGAUGUCCGCGAUGCGGCGGUGCAGUCUUUGCUGCCGAACUGCAGCUCUCCAAGGGAAAAAUGUGGCACAGGAAGUGCUUCAAUUGCGCCAGGUGCCACCGACCUCUGGACUCUGUCCUGGCCUGCGACGGUCCGGAUGACAAUAUCUACUGCAAGCUCUGCUACGCCAAGGCUUACGGACCAAAAGGAGUCGGAUAUGGACACACCCCAACAUUGGUGUCCACUAGUUACGAGUAUACUCCGAACUGCUGGGGAGCUAUCGAUCGGAACGGCCCCAAGUCGGAGAACGGAUGUCCUAGAUGUGGCUUCAUGGUCUACGCCGCCGAGCAGAUGAAGAGCAAGAGUCACGUCUGGCACAAGCUGUGCUUCUACUGCUCGGAGUGCCGCAAGUACCUGGACUCGACCAACCUGAACGACGGACCCGAUGGCAACAUAUACUGCAGAUCCUGCUACGGCAAAUUCUACGGACCCAAGGGUGUGGGCUACGGCAUCGGAGCUGGCACCCUGACAAUGGCUUAAUUCUGCGACCAAAAAAGCGUGCUCAAGGACUGAUCCCGGUUUCCAAAAGCUCCAAGUUGUUAAUUGGGUUUCGUCAGUCCUUAAGUGCCCACAUUUUUGAGGCUUACGAUGAAGGGUGGUAUUGCACUUCUCCCGGAAAUUCAAAUCCAAAUUCAAGCUCCAAAGACAAGAUUCGAUUGAAAAAGAUUAUAUUGGAAAUGCAGUUGGUGGUGACUAGUAUGAUAGUUGUAUGUAUUUUCGAAAGUAAGAAUCGAAAUAGCAUUCUAAGCUGCGACUGAAACUAUUGCUCUGAAUGGCGAAAACGAACCCAUCAACCCACAACCCAUUCGAACUAUUAUUUAAGGAUAUAUAUGGCGACGAAAACUCUGUGUGUAUGUUUCGAACCAAACGAUCAAUAAACGAAAUAUUGGAAAGACCA